UAAACCCAUAUACCCUAACUAUAACCAUAACCUAACCCUACCAUUUUAAAUGUCAACUUCCCAAGGACUCCAGAUUGCACCAACCGUGAUGCUAAUAAUACAUAUAUAUGCCUUGUAUUCAAAGUUUGUAGUUACCACAUCCGGGUCUUUUGUGUCCUUAGUUACCAUUCGGAAAGAAAAACAUCACCACCCCUGCCUACACAGCUAUCAGAGCACCUAUGGAUAUUACGAGAGGCAGUUUAGAUGAUAUCUCCCGCCCGGCAUCCAACGAGCGUUCUCGCCCGGGUAGCCGUGUAUCAACUGUGUCACUGCCUGACGUCGGGAGAGUUUUUCAUCCUAGCCCGACGUCCCUGGUGGUCCUUAGCGAUGAUGCCCCCAACAAUAAGCAGGAUCACAGCAACUCACAUGAAAACCUCAGGUCUCCAGAUGAAAGUCUUCCUGAGAAAGAUCACUCCAUUGGAGAUGUAUCUGAUGAGGAGAACGAAGAUCCAGAACUCCAGAAGGCCAUCAAGAAAAUGAAAAUACUUGACAAAAUCUUGGCUUCAAGGAUCUCAAAUGAAAAAGAGGUCAAGAGAAAAGGAAAGGAGCUCCAUCAGAAACUAUGGCAGGAACUAUUGCAGAUAAAGCCCAACAGAUCUUCAGAAUGGGCAGAUGAAGCAGAAAAUACAAGGAUGUUUUUGUCCCUGGCUCCUUCCAGUACUCACGGAUCCAGUGAAGAAUUGGACUUUGCUCCUGUGUUUGGGACUCAAGUGCCUGACAAAGAGUAUGAAAGACACAACAGACAAGUGGAGGAAAGUGAAAAGGACCUCAACACCACAGCAGCAGACUUGGCUGAAGUGUGUCACGAAGAGAGGGCAGACGAGUCAGAAGGCAGUCAGAGUGGGGUUCCCAGGGGCAAAAAUAAACAAGACUUUGUGAAGAAAAAUAUUGAGUUGGCAAGUGGUGCUGGAGGCCCAGUGCAGAUGACACAGGAGGAGAAGUAUCGUCUCGAGGAGCUCCUCAGAGACAUGGAGGAAGGGGACAAUGCUGGGAAGGCAGGCUGUGAGGGAGACAUGUGGGCCGCUCCAGUGCAAGCGGGUGAGGGUUACACCCCCGAACCAACAGAACGAGACCAGCUAAUUCACAUUGACUCCAGACUGCAGCUUCUCCUUCCUGUUGAAGACUUCCUGUCUGUGCGAAGCCCCUACCCUGACCACAGUCUGCCCCAGGCCCAGGAUCUGGAGGCUGGCUGGGACAGGUUGCCAGGAGAGAAGGUCCUGCAGGAUAUAAGGGAGAAGAGAGGGCAGGAGAGGCGUCUCCAAGAGAUCCAGCUGCAGCUAGAGCUGCUGGGCCAGGGCCAAGAAAUGACUUUUGACAAACCAAUACUACUGGAGGAGCAGCUGAUGACUCUGUUGGAUGAGUAUGAGAUAUCACAGAGCUGGGGACAUGGUCUGGGGAAAAGGGACACAUCACCCAGGGACAACUCUGAUACGGAGAGCCUGCCGGACAGCACCCCCCGUCUCUCUGACUAUAUCCUGUCAGAGUUGCUUCGAGAUGCAUACACCACCAGCUUUAGCCAGUUGGACAAAGCCACCACUAUGUGUUCACCAUAGGGUAUUAACACAUAUGUUGGGUGUGACAAAUGUAGAAAUGUGUAUAUUUACUGUGCAUUCAGAAAGUAUUCAGACCCCUUGACUUUUUCCACAUUUUAUUACAUUACAGCCUUAUACUAAAAUGGAUGAAAUACAUGUUUUGCC